AUGCCAAUUAUACCAGUGUUGUAUUCAAACAAGCUCAAUGCGCUUGUCCUGUUGAAAUGCCUCUUUCUAUUAGUUGUUUUGGUGGGUUGCAGUCCUCCAGGGGAGCCUGUCAAAUGUUCCACGAAAGAUUCGAACUGCACCGUCACGAACUCCUACGGCGCAUUCCCCGACCGAACCGUUUGCCGAGCAGGGAAUGUGGUUUACCCGACAUCGGAACAAGAGCUGGUUUUCAUCGUAUCGGCGGCAACUGAAGCCCAAAGGAAAAUGAAAGUAGUGACACAUUUCUCUCACAGCAUUCCCAAGUUAGUCUGCCCGGACGGCCAAGACGGGUUGCUUAUUAGCACGAAGAACCUUAACCGUGUGGUGAAAAUCAACCUGGCGGCAAUGACGAUGACUGUGGAGAGCGGUGUCACGUUGAGACAACUGAUUAAUGAAGCAGCCAAGGCUGGCUUGGCAUUGCCUUAUGCACCGUAUUGGUGGGGACUGACCAUUGGAGGGCUUUUAGGUACAGAAGCUCAUGGGAGCUCGUUGUGGGAGAAAGGGAGCUCCGUUCAUGAUUAUGUAGUGGAGAUGAGAAUUGUAAGCCCCGCAAAUGCUGAAGAUGGAUAUGCUAACCUGUGGGUGUUAAAUGAAAGUGACAAAGAUCUCGAUGCAGCUAAGGUUUCACUUGGAGUUCUUGGGGUAAUCUCACAGCCUCACAGGUAA